UCAAGCAAAGGUAACAAAGUAUCCACAUUCCUUCUCUCUCUCUCUCUCUCUCUCACACACACACACACACACUAACCCCUCUCUUUCUCUCUCUUCAAAAGCCAAACAAAUCAGACACAGAGAGAGAAAUAACAAAGAAAAAGAGAGCGGUGGGGGCCUUAGCUUUGCAGCAAUUAAUCUCUCAUCUUUAGCCGGAGCUAUCAAGAAAAUGACCUCCAGACCCAACCCCACCGCCACCGCCAACGGUGACCACCACCACCACCACACAAGUCGCCCACCGCCGCCACCAGGUCCACCACCGCCGUCACACCGCCCAAACUCCGACCACUACUACUACCCAUCUAGUUCUUCCUCCUCCAAAGCCUCAUUCAAAGGCUGCUGCUGCUGUCUCUUCCUCCUCUUCUCCUUCAUCGCCCUCCUCAUCCUCGCCGUCGUCCUCAUCAUCGUCCUCGCCGUCAAGCCCAAGAAGCCCCAAUUCGAUCUCCAGCAAGUGGGUGUCCAGUACAUGGGCAUCACGCCCAAUCCCCCCACCACAUCCGGCGCCGGCGCCACCACCUCCGCCUCCGUGUCGCUGAACAUACGCAUGCUCUUCACGGCGGCGAACGACAACAAGGUGGGGAUCAAGUACGGCGAGUCGAGGUUCAGCGUGAUGUACCAGGGGAUACCGCUGGGGAGGGGCACGGUGCCGGGGUUCUACCAGGCGGCGCACAGCGUGAAGCAGGUGGAGACGACGGUGGCCGUCGAUCGGGUCAACCUUUUGCAGGCGGACGCGACGGAUUUGAUCAGGGACGCUUCUUUGAAUGACCGGGUUGAGCUCAGGGUCUUGGGUGAUGUUGGGGCUAAGAUCCGGAUACUUGGGUUCACUUCGCCCGGUGUGCAGGUAUCGGUGGAUUGCGCAAUAGUGAUCAGUCCAAAGAAGCAGUCUCUGACAUACAAGCAGUGUGGAUUUGAUGGGUUAAGCGUCUGACCUAUAAAGAAAGGGCAGCACUCCUUUCACCCCUGUUUCCUACAUUUUCUCUCUCUAAAAUAUAGAGAGAGAAAGAGGGUGUUUAAAAAGCAUGGACCACCCACAAGGACGGAGUGGUUAAAAAUGCAAAAAAGGCCAAAAGCAAAGCGAAAUGAGUUUCUAAUUUGGGGGAAAUUUAGAUUGCUGAGAUGAUUAGUGCACAUUGUUUUGGUGGUUGUUUUUUUGGGUGUAAAGUUUGGACUGAUGUAUUAUUAAGCAUGUAGGUUCAUUUUCCCACUUUGCUAAGCUCUUUCUCUCUCUAAAAAAAUGGAGAGAGAGAAUUUUAUGUGGAAUAUAGAUUUGUUUAAUUGGCUUCUUGAUCAAUGUACACGUGGCUCGGAUAAUGAGAUUUUUUGUGGAA